UUAGUCGAUUGUCAGAUAUCAGCAGCAAUUUCGGUAGGCAGCGAAAUUUUUCGCGACAAAUUUGGCCACCACGAUAAUCUUAAAUACAUUUCGAACUUUGAAAAAAUCGAGUUUUGAAUAAAAUUUCAAAUAUGAUGAACGCAGUAACUCGUGCUUACCUACGGGCUGGCAGCCAAACCGUAUCCAAUGUGCUCAAACCAGCAACAGUGGCAUCCGCUCAAGUUCAACGCAAUGCACACACUGACUUGCAAGUACCAGACUUCUCUCCUUACCGUCGUGAGUCUGUAAAUACGCCCAACCGCAAGGAUGAUUCGGCAGAGAGUCGCAAAGCGUUCUCCUACAUGCUGAUUGGUGCCGGAGCUGUAGGCAGUGCUUACGCUGCUAAAGGACUUGUAACAGCGUUCGUAAGUUCGAUGAGCGCAACCGCUGAUGUAUUGGCCAUGGCUAAGAUUGAAAUCAAACUUAGCGAUAUUCCAGAAGGCAAAUCUGUCACAUUCAAAUGGCGCGGUAAACCUUUGUUCAUUCGUCAUCGCACAGCCGAUGAAAUUUCAACCGAACGCUCUGUUGCUGUAUCAACUUUGCGUGAUCCUCAAGGCGAUGACCAACGUGUUAUCAAACCCGAAUGGUUGGUGGUAAUCGGUGUUUGCACACAUUUGGGUUGUGUGCCAAUUGCUAAUGCAGGCGACUUUGGUGGUUAUUACUGCCCUUGCCAUGGUUCUCACUACGAUGCCUCCGGUCGUAUACGCAAGGGACCAGCCCCAUUGAACUUAGAAGUACCCGCCCAUGAAUUCCCCGAUGACGGCACCUUAGUUGUUGGUUAAGCACAUUGAUAUAUAAUUAACUAGAAAAAAUCGAAGUGAAAAGUGUAAACAUAAUUUAGAACUCAAUAAAAAGCAGUAAGGCAAAAAGAGCUUCGACGAUAUGUAUGAAUAGUUACAUAUGAUGUGAUCUUCACUCCAAGCAAA